CCCGUGUGUUCGAAUAUCCAAGAUGGCCGACCAAAAGAAACAAUUAUCCCUGUCUCUUUAGUGUUUUUCUGCUUAAUAUAUAGAGUUCUAGCAUGUGUUAGGCAUUUUUCUCUAGGCCACGCAUUCCUUUUAGGGUCAGUCGUCGUUUCGUACCAGUUGUUCACCCGAGGGAAAUCCAGAGCUAUUGAAAAGAGGCAGUGUUAUGGUGAUGUGGACGAUGUAGUGUUGUGUUUACAUUCGGCCAACGGUGUGAAAUUGCAGUUUGAAUUCCCUUUUGGUCCUUAUGAAAGUCGUCCAGUGAACGUUGUGACAGCAGUGACAGUGACACGUUGGAUUUAUCUACUUUCCUCGUUUCUGCAACGACGCCGCCGCGGGGCUCUAUACGUAACCAUAAUAAAGAUGGCAUGGGUUGAAAGUGAAGGAAGGUAGCGGCGGUAUGUCGCUGGUGGUUCACAAGCUGGUGCUUAGUCCUGGUGGGGCCGCCACCAACACCCAAAACCCUACGCAUCAUGUUACCUUGGCUGCAUACACACAACCUCCCAGAUCCAAUGUGGGAGAGACAAUGGUCCGAUCCCUGGAUGGCUCAUCAAGUGUUUCUGUGAGCGCUCCUCCUCCAUCAUCAUUUUACUCUUCAUCUUCAUCGUCAAAGCACAGCUCUUCAUAUAACUUACCAUUUGUGCUUCAAGAUCACAAUUAUGGUGCCCCUCCGCCCCCAACGCCACCACAAUCCCCACCACCCCCACCUCUUCCUACUGCUUCGUCAGCAUCCCAACACACUAAUGGUUCAUCUCGGCAAAUAUCUUCACUGCAUCAGAGUAAUCAUCAUUCUUCUAGUUCUAAUUGCAGCAUUAGCACUGGUAAUGUUGCACAGCAUAGCCAUCAACAGAUACAUCACUCCCAUACACCGCUGCAUCAUCAUCAUAAUAACCAGCAUCAUCAUCCAAGUCACCAUCCACAACAGCAGCAGCAGCAGCGUCAUCAACAUCAAGAACAGAUUCAUCAACAAGAACAUAUACAUCACCAGAAAUCACACAUUACUCACCAACAGAAUGUUUCUAGCCUUGUAGUUCCUUCACCUCGAGUUGGAGUCGUCACUUCUGCUAAUUCUCCCGUAGCUGCUGCUGCAUCAUCGACAAAUGUAUCUGGCUUGUGUGUUUCCCAACAUCCUCUGAGUGUCAUGCCACCACACAGACAGCAAUUUAUGCCCCAUCCCAAAGGAAGCCUUUUUCCUUCACCUCACAUACCACCACUACCCUUGGACUUACACCAUUCUCCUUCAUCUGCUGUUGCUUCUCAUCCUUCACUGCCUCCUCCUCCACCAAUCUCAUCCACAAUUGGACCAGAAACUGAUGACGAUUCACGAUUGAGUGAUCGUAGCUCCUCUGUUGGACCUUCAGGAGAAGAAACUGAAACUGCCCCAGAAGGAGAAGGAGAUGAACAACCAGUGGAUGACUCCAUUACUCGUUGCAUAUGUGAAUUUUCCCAUGACGAUGGAUACAUGAUUCAGUGUGAUAGGUGCUUUGUGUGGCAGCAUGUAGAUUGUAUGGAAAUAGAUCGUGACAAUAUUCCAGAUGAGUACUUGUGUGAGGCAUGUGAGCCUAGACAUGUUGACAGAUUUAGAGCUCGGGCUCUACAGAUUCGGAGGCGGCAAGAAAUUAAAGCUCACCUUGCCAGCAGUCGCACGUCGGCUCUUUCCAGAUUGUCCUCCUCUGAUUCAGAUGACAACCUCCCUAUGUCUAAUAAGAAUCGAGGAUCAGGAGGGAAGACAACUGAGCGCAAAGUUGUCAAGAAGAAAAAGGCAAAGCAGAUCAAAGAUGUUAAGAGUAAUAAAAAAGGAUCUCUGUGCCAAGUUAAAAAAGGAAGUGUCAACAGUUCUUGCAAUAACAAUAAUGUUCCAGAAACGGAUGAGAGAGAGCGCAGAAUUCUGGUUAAGACUCGAAGAAGAAAAAGCAGUAGUAUGAGUGGCUGUGAAGGUGUUAGUGAUGAUUCUGUUGGUCCAGUAGAGCGGUUAAGAGCAUGGGUAGAAGAUUAUGAGAAAGCAGUUACAAAUCAUUACUCUCCAGAACUCAGGGCUAGAGUUCAUGCUGCACGUAUCAAUGGUGUCUCGCCUGACCUAAGAGCCUCUACACAGGGUGCACUUCUUGGCCAUCGAUGUAGAGUGGUGGCAAAUCCAAGUACGCUGUUGGAUAUCUUUGAUAGCAAGAUUCUUGUGGCAGCUACAAGGUUAACAGUUAAUACAGCAAUAGCAGAGUACCAAGGUAAAUAUCUGUUAGCUUCACAGUGGAAUGCUCAACAAUCAGCUGGUGGGCAAGUCUAUUUCCCAUACGUUCUUCAGUACCACAUGCCCAAGGAAGGUCUCAGUGUAUGUGUUGAUGCCAGAACGUAUGGCAACGAUGCAAGAUUUACGCGAAGGUCAUGUAAACCCAAUGCAGAGAUACGACAUGUUGUAGAAAGAGGAUCUUUGCAUCUCUACCUGGUAGCAACAAGAGACAUAGAGGAGGGAGAAGAAGUAAUGAUAGCACUGGAGACUGCAAAUUCCACUGUAGACUUGGUUUGUUGUUAUCCAGGAGAACAUGAUUGCCUUCAGUCUCAACCGUUAAAAACAGACCAUAACCCUCCUUGUCAUCAAACCUUAUCAAAGAAGAAUGGGGUUUUCACAAUCAGUAGCAGUAGUAAGAAGACUGUGAGAAAGCUCAACAUGCAGCCACAACUGCGAAUGAGCAAGAGGACGACCUCUACCGAUAGUCGGAGUUCUGAUGUGGUACCUGUUAAUCCUCCCAGUCAGGGUAGUAACACUGCCACCCCCAUUACUCCUGUGAAACAGAGACGUACGUCUGGGUGUGGAAAGUCACCCGUCAAGUCGCCCUCUAGUUCUUCUACCUCCAGUUCACCAGAAGAUGCUUGUAAAGAGGGCAGUCAUAGUCAUAGUACUCCUCCAGCAACUGUCUGUACCUUAAGCCCAGAUACUCCCAAAGCAGUUGACAAACAGCAACAACAAAAAAUGACUCGUGAAGAGCGUAAGAUUGCAGCUUAUAUGAAAGCGUUUGAGAGAAUGGAAAAGGCUGCACAGCGUAGACAAGAAAUGGAAAAAAAGAAAGAGGAAGAUAAAGGCAAAGAUUCCAAAGACAAAGAUAAAAAGAGAACAGUUGUUGAGGGAGAUGAUGAUGAAUGGGAAAAAACCAGCAGUGCUGAUGAGAGCAUUAGAAACACCCCAAAUACUGAUCGGAGCCGACGUAAAGGGAAAAAAGGAAGAGGGAAAGGAAGCCCUCAGAAGAGAAACAGCCGCAUAGAAUCCACAGCAUCUGACUUCACGGGAGAUGAAAGUAGUUGUGCAUCAGGUGGCUUAAUGUCUCCAGUAAGUGGAACAAUUGAGGGGAUUGCACUCAACUUUAACUCACCACCCCAGGGAGGAUCUACGAAUAUGGGCUUUAGAUUUCCAAAGACUAAGAAGGCACUGAUGAAUGAGUGGCUAAAUGAAACUGUUGAUCCUGUUAUGCCUGCUGUGUGCAGUAUUAGUGUUGGAGAUCUUCCUUCCGGUGUUCCCACUUGCUAUAUGAGAUCUCCAGCCACGCCUCUGAGGCGCUCAGUGUCAGUCACACAAGGAACAAUCAGCAGUAUCCAAGGAACAGUUUUGAAUUUGGAUAUGCCUGGUGGCUCAGCUAAAAAACGGUGGCUGAGACAGGCCAUCAGUGAGGAAUCUGAAACCCCAAAUUUCAAUGGCCUUUGUCCAAGUCCCAACAGUAGGCCUGAUUCCCCAACUGGUGGUGGUGAUUACAUAACUCCCCUGAAGAAAAGAAGACUAGCACGUGAGUCUAUGUCAUCUGAACAGUCCUCUACCCCACCUACUACUCCUGUCCAUUCAGCUGCAAUGGAAGAUGAUAAAAGUAUGGAGGAGAUGGAAGCAGAACUUGAAGUAGCAGCAGCAAAAAAUAAAAAUGAUUUUGUCUCAGAGGAUCAGGCUCCUUUAGAACCAAUGGAGAAACCCAUUAAAGCAAGUUCUGCCAGAAAUUUUGAUACUGAGGUAAAGAGAGAAGCCAUUGAUAAUGAGGAGGAGGAGGAGGAGGAAGAGGAAGAGGAGGAAGAAGAAGAGGAGGAGGAAGAGGUGGAGGAGGAGGAGGAAAAUACAAAUGCCCUGGAAUAUGAAGAGGUCUUGCCAUCCAAGAGAAGUAAAGAGAAGAGAGGAAAAAAAAUGACAAAGAAAUCCUCCUCCAAAUUUUUGUCCUUCAGGGGUGCAAAUCCUUCUAGAACUAGUACAAACAAGGUAGAUAAAAUGGAGCAUCACCAGACUAAUUCCACCAUGUCUCCAGAGAAGGAAAUUUUUGAAGAUCCUAAAGAAAAGGAAAGGAAAGACGAGGAAAUGGGAAAGAAUGGAGCUCAUCCCUGUAAAUUGGAAGAGUUGAAAGAAGGGGAUUCCAAGUUAGCAAUUAAGGGAGAGAAUAAGAAAUAUUCUGUGAGAAACAGAAGAUUGCCUGUGGGAAAGAAAACAAAGAAACAGUCAGAUAUUGGCUUCAGGAAGAGUGACCGGCAACAUACUUUAGCGAACAAGAGCAGUGAGACAACAAAACGAAAAGGGAAGGCACUGGUAGAUAAAGUGAAGAUCGAAGGAAAUACUGAUGCUACUUUGGAAAAAGAAAUUAAAAAGGAGCCUGAGGAACAGGUUGACAAGCCUGAUCUGACUGUUACAGUCAAAGAGGAGUGUAAUCUACAAAUGAAGGAAGAUUCAUCUCCUGUUAAAGUACAAAUUGAAGAUUGUGAUCAUUUUAAGAAACCUAGUUAUUUAUCACUUGAGAACAAAGAUGAAAAACACUUUGACUUACAAGUAAAGGUGAAAGAAGAAUUGCCACAAAAUGACACUAAAGAUAAUCAGCUGUUUGAUGGCAGUAUCUUUGAGGAUACAACAAAAAUAAUAAAACAUGAAGUCUUGGAAAAGAUAGAAGAAGAAGUACAAAAGAAUAGUGUGAGUAAGGACUUAGAGCAUAAAGGUAAAUUCUGCAAUUCAGAGAAAGAAAACGAAUAUGUAAUACAUGGUUGCUUGCAAGAGGAAGGUCUGCAAUCUCCCAGGGAACCCAAGAGUUACACUCUUUCAGAGGAAAUAUCUAACGUGCAGGCUAAUGAUGAAAAUGAAGUAAAUAACGUCAAUGAGAGUGGAGAUACAGUUGGGAAAGGGGGAACCUCUGAAAUCGUGCAAGAUGUAUUGAAUUCAAAUUCACAGGAAGGCAUAAAACUUGAAUACACUAAAGGUAAUGUAUGUGAAGCACAGCCAUCUAGUAGAGAAAACAUUGAGCUUACAGAAAAGAAAGAUUCUAAUUCUAGCUCUUUGGAUAUGUUAACAUUGAAGGAUUCCAGUUUCCUUGGUUUUGUAGAUGUCAGUUCAAAGGAACAAAAAGGAACAAGAAGAAAGACGUCCUCUGUGAGAAAGAGGGCAAAAUGUAGAGUGAAGAGAAAGCAAAAGAAUAACAAGAUUCAGGAAGAUCACAAUGAUAUAAAAGCUGUGUUAGAUGAGUGUAAAAAAGGACAAGAUAAUUCUGAUGGUAAAUUGUUGGUCACAGGGGAAUUGACAUCAUCCCUAGAGAGAAAUGAGCUGGAGACUUCCCAAAGAUCAGCAUCAAGUGUAGAUGACAAAUCCAGUCCAGGAAAUAAAAUAAGUUGGCAGAAUCAACCCUUCCAGAAAGAUGUUCAGUGCAGUGACUUGGGUUCAUCUGCAGAGACAGAACUGGGAGAUGUAUCCGUGUCAGAACCUCCUUGUACACCUGAGGUUAAAGGGCCUCGUACACCAGAGGGACCAGCUCCCUCAAGUCCAGAUGAGUCUUCUGUUACACCUCCAAGCCCAAGAUCACCUGUAGGAGAAUUAGAGAGGGGAAUGACUCCACCAUAUUCAGGAUAUGAUGUAGAGGAUAUCAGUGCAAAGGAUGGUAUUAUAAAGUGCAGAGGCCCAUACACGCCACCCUCUGAGCCACCACAUUCACCAUUAUCGUCAAUGGAAGGAAUAGAAGAUGGUGAAAAGAUGCAAGAAGUUCCCUCAGCAGAUAAAGAAUUUAUUGAAGACAGUGACAUAUCUGUGUCUUUAUCAUCUACAUCAGGAGAAGUAGCAUCUUCACAAGCAAAACCUGCACCUGUGAAGAGAAAGUUGUCUAUUUUGGAGUACCGCAAAAGAAAAAGCGUAAAUAAUGAAGCUGAUGGGAAAGUGACAGCCGUGUCAUCAUCGAGCUCCACUCUAUCCUCCUCUGCUUUGUUGUCAUCCUUAACCAGAACUGGCCAUGAUGUAGAAGUGUCCAACAGUUCUGUUGGAUCAACAGCUGCGUUGAAUGUACAUUCAGCCACUUCAUCAUUUCAAGAAGUGUUACCAGGUGGUUCUCCAUCAUUGUCAUUGCGCUCCAAAGGGGCCUAUCUUUUGGAUGCUGAAUCUCCUCCAUCUCCUCCAUCUUCAUCCCCCCCAGAUCUCCCACUCUCUCCAAUUCAGCCUUUAUCACUCAUGUUGAUCCCAGAUGUUUUGGAUAAGUCAGCUGGCAGGGAAAAGCCUAAAGAGGUGAGGGAAAAUAUAGACAGUGAAGAAAAUACCUCAAAGGUAACUAGCACAUUUCUGAAUGCGAAGAAUUACAGUGUGAGUUUAGGUACUAAAAGUGAAAUUCAUGGUUUGCAUGACAAUUGUAUAAGUGACAAGAAACCUGGGAGUUGUAAAAUAAGUGAGAGCAGUCAUUUGAAAAAUGAAACUUUGUGCUCGAAAGCAAAUAGUAGCUGCUCUACUAGAAACAGCAGUAUCAGAACAAGUAACCCUAAAAACUUGUGUAAAUCUUCAAGCAGAAUAAAUGUUAGUAUUAAGAAUAAGACUGUUAAAAACAGCAAAAGCUCCUUGGUAAGUGUGUGUAUGUCAAGUGAUGUUCUUGGAGGUUCUCCAUCUGCUGCUGCUCUCUCUCCCUCUGCUGAUGUGAAAUGGAAUGCUGCUCCAACUCUGCUUGAACGUCAGAGAGAAAACUUGACGGAAAGGCUCCGAAGAGAGUUUGGAUUGUGCGUUUCAGAUGAUGAUGAGGAAAAAUCGGCAGAUGAAGAUCGAGAAAGAUUUCACAAGCGGGGAAAAGACAAGAGCCUUCCACCACCGCCGCCACCCCCUACAGCUCCUCCAAAAAACUCUAUAUUCCAUGGACGUGAAGUCACGGUUCAGAAAGCAGCCUGCUCUUCAAAAAUAGGUGCAAUAUCUUCUGGUUCCAGUGUUGCCUUAAGUAGUGGUCCUGGAUUACAAUCUGUUCAACCUCAGAGUAGUUGCCACAGAUUGUCAUCUGGGAUUCAAAAGACAUCACAUCCAGGAUCACAUUUACCAAAUAUUGUUGGGUCAUCCUUUACUGGUGUAAGUAUUGCUCCUCCAAUACCUGUACCACCACCAAGUUCAUCGGUCUCUGGAUCUGUUGUUCCUGGCAUCGGUGGGCUUCCGCUCUCUGUAACAAUGUCUUCUGGCCCGGGUCCCCCAUCCCAUCCAUUGCCAUCAAUAUCAUCUACGUCCUCUUUGUCGUCUUCAACAUCAGAUGUCCCUGGGCAAGUGAUGCCAGUUCCAUGUGCUAUUACUCCAUCAAGAGGAGUUCCAUCAGGUUUGCCUGUUUCCACAAAAUCGACUGUAUCAGGAGUGCAGUCCCUUGGUAGUGAUUCCACUUCAAGGCAACAUUUAUCUUCAGUUCCCAAUGCUGGACAGAUGAAUAAGAUUAAUCUGUCAGCUCCAGUACCGCCACCUCCUUCCCCUUCCCAAAAUUCUUCAUACACUCUUGGAUCUUACCCGAGAAAUAUAUACUCAAAUUCACCCAGUGGAGCUCUCGCUCAAAGUAUGUCUCUCUAUUCUCCAGUUGGAAUGAGUGCUCCUCCUCCUCCGCCACCACCACCUCCCCCACCCCCUCCCCUUCCUCACACAUCCCAUCAUACAGAUGGCAGUAGCUCCACUUUGCGACCUGGUUUGAUUGCUCCUGUUGCUGUAAGACAUCAGCAAAAUUCUCCUGUUCAUGGCACCCCACGAGGAGUAGCACCAACUUUGACGUAUGGUAGUGGAGGAUACCCUGGAAAUUUAGAUUGCUCUGCCUCAGGCACCAGAGGUUCGUGAUGGCAGGUUUUUUGUCCAUUGGGGUCCAAGUUUGUCGUUAGCAGGUUGGGUGGAGUCUUGAGUAAAGGUUUUGACUUAAUAAUGAUGAUCUCCUCCCAGGACUGUAGCAUCGUUGGCCUUGCUGUCCGUGCAAAAUUUUUUCGAGUCCUUGUGCGAAUAUUUGGUCUUUAUUGGUUAGGCCAGAUGAAGUGUUUUUGCUCUGUUUAUUGCAUAAUGUGUAGAGUGGCAGCUUUUCAUAAUGUGCUGCAUUUUGCACCUUGUCACAAAGCACUUAUUUGUGGCCUGACCCCAUGAAUAUUGAAAUGUUGAUUGUUGGAAAGCUUUACAUGUUUAGAAUAUUUUGUUGAUAUGAACCAUCCAUGCCCUUCCAUUCCUUUCUUUAUAUUUUAUAGUUUUUAUUUUGCUUAUCCUCUCCCUUCUUUUUGUUUUUUAAAAAGUACAAAAUAAUAUUAGGUUUUUCUCUUUGGAAAAGCAAUGGGCUCUUUAAUCUUGCAAUACAGAAGCAGCCCAAACUGCCAGAGGAACUUGUGAGUGUGUGUGUGUUGUGCUUGUGUGAGUGAGACAAUCAUUUCGUACACUCCUUUGAAGAGUACAGGGAAAAGGAAGUAGAAUUGAGGUGUUAUAAUUGUAUAAUUAUAUAGUUAUCAUUAUUCUUGUUGUUAUUAUGAUAAUAGUGCUAUUAUAACUACUUUUUCUGUGUAUAUACAAAGCUUUUAUGUACAAGAUCUUAAUACUUUUAUCUUGACUGUUGGGUACAGAUAGCUUUUUUGUCAAAGGUGAAAGAAAGCUUUCCAGCAUAUUUCUCACUCAGGGCAAAUUUUUAUUAGUCUGGGAUAAUAUUUUUUGGAUCAUUAUGUUAAUCUUGUAAAUGUUACAUUUGGAAAAUAAUCCAAGAUCCCCCCUCACUCUCAGUGCGUCACACAAGGACUCAAUCAUGCUUUCAAUAUUUUGAAUUAUUAUUCUUAGAGCUUACAAAUCUACUAGCAGUUCACAUAUUUCAUAACCAGAGAACCAACAAACAGAUUUGGCUUUGUGUGUGAUGGUUACUGUCAUUCACAAUUUAAUGGCAAUUUUUGAUGUGUUCAUCUCCAUAGCCAUACCAGGGACUACACCAUCAGUUCUUGUUAACUGCAUUUCAUCUGCAAAGCAGUUGAGAUUAUUCAUAGGCAGAUACAUUUUUAUUUUUUAUUAGGGUUAUGGUCUCUCUAUAGUAUGGUGUUCUGCAGAUGGAGAGCAGUGGCAUAUAGUCUGGCUCAUGUAAAGGUGUAAAAAUGUAAUAUAAAUGCUACAACAAAUAUAUUUUUUGGUUUUGAGCCCAUUUUACGAAUUUUUACUUUUCAAGAAUCUCUUCUAUUAUUGUGGUUUACAGCCUUUGGAGGAUGUAACUUUAUUCUCUCAUUCACACUAGCACCUGUGUUUAUGUUGUGUGUACAUAGAUUGUUGGGAAGGAAGAUAUAUAUUUUAUUUUUUCCUGUGUUCUUGCUUUUGUUUAUAUGGGAUAUUAUGAUGAUCAUCUUUAUUAUUAUUAUUAUUAUUAUUAUUAUUAUUAUUAUUAUUAUUA